CCGGCACUCAUUGCGUAGCUCACCCAUGCGGUGUCAUCAACAUUCGCCGUGCUGUUGUGGUUGCCGCUCGGUAAUGUUCUGGUGCGCGUCCCGUGCCUCGACAGUGUUUUCGCGUCUGUGUGUGAACCGUGGCGUAGUAGUGUACUGCCAGCGUGGGAACGUACCGCUACGUGGCCAGUUUCGUCGGUCCCAUUCCGCGAUGGCCUCCGCCCCCCCGAUUGUGGUCAUUCUCGGCUCGACCGGUACCGGCAAAACGAAGCUGUCACUCGAGCUGGCAGCCCGGUACGGCGGCGAGGUGAUCAGUGCCGAUUCCAUGCAGGUUUACACCGGACUCGACAUCGUAACGGCCAAGGCGACGAAGGAGGAGCAGCGGCAGGCGGUGCACCACCUGCUGGAUGUGGCUAGGCCCGAUCAGGCCUUCACCGUGACCCAUUUCCGCGAGCGCGCCCUGCCGAUCAUCGAAUCGCUGCUGGCGGCCAACCGCAUGCCGAUCAUCGUGGGCGGCACCAACUAUUACAUCGAGAGCAUCCUCUGGCGGGUGCUGCUGAGCGAGGGCGUCAAGCGGGAACGGUUGCGAUCGCGUUGCGCCACCGAAAGCGAACCGGAGGCAAAGCAGCCGAAAGUGGACGGUGGAGUGGCUGCUGCUGCUGCUGCUUCUGCUGGAACUACCACUGACCUGGAGCGGCUUCUGGAAGCGCUACCGGGCCUGGGAACGAGUGAAUCGCUCGAAGCGCACGAGUCGGAGUUGCUGCACCAGGCCCUGCAGCGGGUCGACCCGGAGUCAGCCGAGCGGCUGCAUCCCAACAACAAGCGGAAGAUUAUCCGUGAGAAAGGCAUGCAGUUCCAGCUGAAUUGUGUACAGCAAGCAACUAGAGCAACAAUGAACUCGUUUGCACUUUCGGUCUUCGUGCUGGCGGUAGGCGCCGUCUCGGUGUCGGCCAGUCUGCAGCACUACGUCGUGGAGAAGAGCUUCAACCAGGCACAGGCUGAGUGCGCCGAGUACCAAGGCGUUCACGAUGACGAUCUGCUGCGCUACGUCAAGGAAGGCUACCCCGAUGUGGAGGAGGUUCGCUGUCUGCUGCGUUGCGUUGCCUUCAACCUGCGCUUCUGGAACCACACCACCGGUCUGCAGAAGAACAUGGUUGCCGGACAUUUCGUGCCGUACCCGGAUGACUUCCACAACGUCGAGCGCACGGAAGCGUGUCUGGCGGAGAACCUGUACACCUGCGACGAUGACCUCUGCACCCAGGUGUACAAGGCGUUCCAAUGCUACUACCAGUACUACGGUGCCUUGAGCGAGUGCCCGCAGUUCGUGGUCAACUCCUACCUUGAGGAUCUGCAGGUCGCCUACGAUCUGUUCGGUAUGCUGGCUGUCUCGCAGUCCACCCUGCAGAGCCUUGCUGGAGGAUGCUUCCCGAGCGGCGAGGAGUCGCUGUGCUUCUUCUACUCGUUCGUGACCCGCAGUGGACUGUACAGCGUGGAGGAUGGCGCGAAGCUGGAGCGUCUCUACUACCAGUACAAGGAGGAGGUGUUCAACCCGAACAACGCCCAGACCGUCGCCUGUCUGCAGAACCAGAAGAAGCUGGCUUGCAAGAAGAGCACCUGCCAGCAGGCCUACGAUACGUUCCAGAACUGCUUCGGCGAGUCGCGUGGUCUGGAGUACCUGCUCCACACCGUGUUCGUCGACGCUGCCAAGGCUUUCCUCGGCCAGCCCGUCUGCUACUGCAACAAGGUUAAGACGUGCCCGCUCCACAAGUGCUACGGACGUUAAGGAGCAUCAAUCAUGGGACUGAUCCUGAGCAAUCCAAUUCCUGUUGCUCAUUUGCACGAACCAAUCAAUAAAUCAAAUAUUAUCAAUUGAACUUUAUUGCGUUUGCCUCAUUUAGGAAGUUAACUUCUAACAUUUAUGCACACAACACAACAUUUAUGCUUCGAUUUCUCUUUCAUAAAAUGAGCUAAAAUGUCUCUUCAUUAGAUGCUAGUACUAUUCCAUCAUCAUCCAGGUGGAGUUACAAAACCACUUUGACUCCAGAUGCUAUAAAUUCAAUCGACCCUGUAAAGAGUUCUGUAUUCAACUCGAUUCAAAUCGGAAUUGCUCUGAUUGAAUCCGAAUAAAUCUUCCUAUACCAAUCGACUGUUGACACUUCCGAUCGAAUCUUAUAGUUCAGAUCGAACUCUGAUGGUCCAAACACUUAUGGAGACAGUAAACUUUCGUAAAAUUUGGAAGAUAUUGUAAUAAGGGCAAGAAUUGUCUAGAUUCAAGAGAGUUAACUAUUAACUGUUGCUGUAAAUCAUAAUUUGUAAGCCUAUCUUAGCGAGAUUACUUCUGGAUGAUUGAAACUGAAAAUUUGUGUAACAUUAUACAGCUAUAAACUACAUGACAAAACGCAUGACGCAUAUUGUUUAUAGAUUGUUACAAAACUUAUUAAAAGUCACCAAAACGAUUGUUAAAUAUAUAAUUGAGAUCUUGAGAAAUGCUUUAGUAAUAAAAAUUCAAACUUGGGCGAGAAAUACACUUGUAGAAACUGUAAGAACAAUGCAUUCCGUAGAAUGCAGCAAUACCUCAAAGUGCAUACCGAACAAGAGUAAAGAAAAGAAAAUCACCACACUAAAAA